CCGGCCAGCUACGGGAAGAAGAGCAACACCUGGUACACGAGCCCGACCGGAGGUGGUAGCAGAGGUGGAGCAAGCGUCGGUGGUGGCGUCGGAGGAUGGCAAAGCAGACCACCGGCGGUGGCGAGUCUCAGCAGGAAAGCUUCCAUCAGCGACGAAGCACCACCACCUGGAGGUGGAAAACCAUCAUCCGGACUCAAAGCAUCCGAACAAUUCCAGUGCCGCGUCUUGUUGAACCUCCGCACUUCGCAACCGUUCGAGGAGGUGCUGGAAGAUCUUGGACAGGUGUUGAAGAUGAACGGGGCUAAGAGGAUGUUCACGGUGUCAGGUCAAGAGUUGAGGAAUGAAUUCGCCGACGUGGACACUUUUUAUCUGGGCACCGGGUCGGGGAUGGGUAUAGCCGGUGCUGUCAUUACCGCGUCCCCGGCGAGAAGAUCCAGAUCACGUGGACCGCCUGCUGUGGUCGAAGACAUCGGUGGUCGCCAGAGGCGAGCUCGUAGCAAAAGCCGGCCACGUGCUUUGUACGCCCCUGAUUCAGACGUCGUCCGAGUAAACGAUUACAGCGUGGUCGAAGUGCUACGUGACGAGCCGGCCAGAGUGACCAUCCGGGGACUGAGAAGAUCCUUUUAUCCACCUUCCCACCUGCCACCGGUGGACAACUCUCCGCCGGACAAGAAGCUUCAGCUUGAAUGGGUUUACGGAUAUCGGGGCACCGAUACCCGACGAAAUCUCUGGGUUCUGCCGAGCGGCGAACUUUUGUAUUACGUUGCUGCCGUGGCUGUUCUCUUCGACAGAGAGGAAAAUGCACAACGGCAUUAUGUGGGCCAUACGGAGGACAUCACGUGUAUGGAGGUUCAUCCGAGCAGAGAGCUGGUGGCAUCUGGACAAAAAGCUGGUAGGCAUAGAAAAGCGCAGCCACACGUUCGCAUAUGGUCAACAGAGACUUUGCUCACUUUGUACGUGUUCGGAAUGACUGAAUUCCAGAUGGGUGUCUCCGCGUUGGCGUUUUCACAGCUGACCAUGCAGGAAGAUCUGACCGGCGCAGCUUUCCACCCCCUCGACGAUAAUCUGUUGAUCACGCACGGCAGGGGCCACCUGACCUUUUGGAACCGGCGAAAAGACGGCUUCUUCGAAAGGACGGACAUCAUCAAACCUCCGUCCCGUACGCACGUGACGAGCAUCCAGUUCGAGCAAGACGGGGACGUCGUCACGGCGGACAGCGACGGUUUCAUCACUGUUUACUCCGUGGAUGCGGAUGGCGCGUACUUCGUGCGAAUGGAAUUCGAAGCGCACAACAAAGGCAUUAGUUCGCUCGUCAUGCUGUCGGAGGGGACGUUGCUCUCCGGUGGAGAGAAAGACCGCAAAAUUGCCGCGUGGGAUUCUCUUCAGAAUUACAAACGCAUCACAGACACCAAAUUGCCAGAGGCGGUGGGAGGCGUGCGAAGUAUCUAUCCUCAGAGACCGGGGAGGAACGAUGGAAACAUUUACGUGGGAACCACCAGGAAUAACAUUUUGGAAGGUUCCCUCCAAAGGAGGUUCAAUCAAGUCGUGUUCGGUCAUGGAAGACAGUUGUGGGGCCUUGCAGUGCAUCCCGACGACGAGGUGUUCGCCACUGCCGGUCACGACAAGAAUAUUGCUCUUUGGCGCAGACACAAACUCUUAUGGACGACGCAGGUCGGUUUCGAGUGCAUCUGCAUAGCCUUUCAUCCAUUCGGAGUUGCCCUUGCCGCUGGUUCUUCCGAAGGUCACCUCCUGGUGCUCGCCGCGGACACAGGAGCAGCUGUAGCAACCCUCAGAGUUUGUGGCUCGCCCUUGUCAUGCAUUGGCUACAAUCCAACGGGUGAAAUUGUGGCGAUGGGCUCUCAGAAUGGCAGCGUGUACCUCUUUAGAGUGUCCAGAGAUGGAUUCUCCUAUAAAAAGAGCAACAAGAUCCGUGGAACGCAACCAUUGGUGCAGCUCGAUUGGAGCUCUGAUAGCAGAUUUCUUCAGACUGUCACGCAGGACUACGACUUAGUAUUCUGAAUGUGGAACAAUCGUUACUACCCGUUAACGACUGUUUUAACUACGUCGAGUAGGUCAGCAGCUCACGACAUGCUGGUCAGUGGUGACGCAGAAGGUUACCUGAGACUAUUCAGGUAUCCGUGCACCAGUGCUAAAGCUGAGUACGUCGAGGAGAAAGUAUAUAGUUCUCUAGUGGCCUGCGCCAGAUUUCUCUACAACGAUCAGAACGUGGUGACCGUCGGUGGAACCGACGCUGCGCUCAUGCUUUGGGAACUAGUCGACGAGUAGACGAAACGACUACCUCUUGUCAUAGAUUUCGCCUUUGUCUUCUACAGUCCGGCAGCUGGACUACACGAAAUCGCGGGAUGAUCCGUCCCGUCGUGGAACUUUUUUUAAUACCUACGAACGUUUAUCUUAUCAUUGUGCUGGAUACAGUUCAACAACAUGUAUCCGGUUAACUCGUCCUCGGCAGAGGAAUUGUUAUACUUGCCGAUACGAACGUUUUCUCAUUCAACGUGAUUCAGUUACCAGGCACGUUCCAUUCCGACGACAGCGUGCUCGUCAUUUAUUAUCAAAAAUCCAAUUUUAAGAAUCCGACAAUUGUCCGGCAUUCUCAUGGCCUUACGUUUCUAUCUGUGUACCUUUCCAGAGACGAGAAGACAUUUUUAAGUACAGUUUUAAGUACAACACACUUCUCUGAAGAGAAAGAGGAAGUAACUUGAUACUUGUAAGGGAGAACUGUUCUCCGUUUUAACGAAGGGAAGAUGAGAUAUUUGAUAUAUAUAUAUAUAUAUAUUGCGUUGAAACGUUUUCGAUUGUCUUGAAGUUGUGCGCCUUGCAGACGCAAUUGACUUUUCCAAUUUUUAAUUGUCCGUUGCCAUUUCAUACAGCAUCUUACAAAUUUUUCCAAGACAUUUCCUCCUCCGAUAUUUUUGAUUAUCCCCUCGUGCUCGACAUUUGACCAGAAUUUCUUGACAACAUACUCGACAAUAGCAGCAAUAAAGAUCUGUGUCUUUCCUUCUUUCAACUAUUUUGCCAUUGUUGUGUUACGGUUUCUUGUAAUGUGUACAUUUGACGAUAACAGCGGCGAACGAUAAUGUUAUCACUCUACAACGAUGCAAUACAUUGUUAAAGACGUAAUAUAAUGGAAACAAAGUAGGCACACGUUAUAUGUGUAUCUAGUAGUAUUA